UGCAAGUUUUCAAUCGGAAAAAGAGAAAGAAAAAAAGGAAAGGAAAUAGACAUUGAAGUUGGAAGGAACUUCGCUCUGCUUUCAGUACUCAUGGAGAGAAGUCUCCUCCUCUUGUCAAUAACGUUGUUGCUGGUACACUAUGGUUGUAUAUAUUUGGCUAAAUCAACUCUAGGCACAGGUGCAGCACAAACUAACAUCACCACGGACCAGGGUGCUCUUCUUGCUCUGAAAGCCCAUAUCACCGGUGACCCUAAGAACGUCUUGGUCAAUUGGUCAGCCACCACCUCUGUUUGCAACUGGGUUGGUGUUACUUGUGGUGCUCGCCACCUUAGAGUUUCAGUCUUAAACCUCUCUUACAUGGGACUUACCGGCACCAUUCCUCCGAACCUUGGCAACCUCUCAUUUCUAGUUGAGAUGCGCUUCAGAAACAACAGCUUCCACGGCACCUUGCCCCAUGAAUUAUCUUAUUUGCGCCGGCUGAAGUUGAUUAGCUUCAGAUACAACAAUUUUAUGGGAUUCAUUCCAUUGUGGUUUGGGUCCUUCCCUAAACUUCAAUCCUUCAACUUGCAUGGCAAUCAGUUUUCAGGCUCCAUACCCUCGACUAUCUUCAAUUUAUCUACACUGCAAGGAAUUGAUCUAUCAGAAAAUCAACUAUCAGGGAGGGUACCAAGAGAAAUAGGGAACUUAACAAUGCUGAAGGAGAUGUACCUGGGGGACAACAAUUUCAACGGGCAUGUUCCUGUGGGUGUUUUCAACAUGUCUUCUUUAACUACUUGGAAUCUAUAUGGAAACAACUUGAAUGGUGGUCUUCCUGACAAUAUAUGCCAGCAUCUUCCUAGUCUUCAGAAGCUGAAUCUGGGUCGCAACCAAUUUGAUGGUCCACUUCCAUCCAAAUUAUGGCAAUGCACACAACUUCUUUAUCUAACAUUGGAGGAAAACAAUUUCAGUGGAAGCAUACCCAAAAAAAUUGGGAACUUAACCCAGUCAAGGGAAAUUUAUCUUGACGCCAACAAUUUGACAGGCACUAUACCAGAUGAGAUGGGUGAUCUUCAAAAUUUAGAGUUUUUGUCAAUCGAACAGAACAAUCUCAAUGGCCUCAUCCCAUCUUCAAUCUUCAAUAUGUCAAGGAUGAGAGGGCUGCCGCUUAGUUUGAAUCAGCUAUCUGGUAGCCUCCCAGCAAACAUAGGCCUUGGGCUUCCAAACCUACAACUCCUUUAUAUAGGAGCAACUGACCUCAGCGGAGUAAUCCCCAACCUCUCCAAUGCUUCUAUGCUCACGCGGCUUCAAUUGGAGGGAAACUCAUUUACAGGGUUUAUUCCGAGGACGCUCUGUACCUUAAAAAAUCUUCAGCUGCUUGCCUUAUACAUGAAUAAUUUGACGAUUGACACUUCCACUCUCUCUUGUUUGUCUAAUCUUGGAAAUUUGACAACACUAGAUUUGUCAAAUAAUCCGUUAAAUGUCAGACUUGAUGAUUCUUUUCAGAAUUGCUCUACACCGUCGCUUCAAUAUCUUUAUUUAUUCAAUUCCAGCAUGAGGGGUAGCAUUCCCAUUGAUGUUGGCAACAUUAGCAGCUUGGUAACCUUAUCCCUGGGAUACAAUGAAUUGAGUGGAUCAAUUCCAACUUCACUGGGAAGACUUCGGAAUCUCCAAGCUUUGUAUUUGGAUGGUAACAAGUUGCAAGGAUACAUCCCAGAUGAACUUUGUCAACUAGAUAACCUAGUUUACUUAUCUCUGGGAGGAAAUCAGCUCUCUGGUUCUAUACCUUCCUGCUUGGGCAAUCUAGCCGGAUCUCUCAGAAAUCUAUUACUGGAGUCCAAUUCGUUGAGUUCCACAAUACCAUCUACUCUAUGGAGACUGGCCUAUAUCUUGCAUGUAAACUUAUCAUCCAAUUCUCUAAUUGGACCUCUCUCACAAGAUAUUGGAAACUUGAAAGUUGUCCUAGAGGUAGAUUUAUCAAAUAACCAUUUAUCUGGUGUUAUACCAAGCACCAUUGGGGGUCUUUUGGAUUUGAAUAUUCUAUCCUUGGCAAAUAAUAAUUUGGAAGGCCCUAUUCCAAGUUCAUUUAACCACUUGCUAAGCCUGCAACUCUUGGAUUUAUCCAGAAACAAUCUGUCUGGAGUUAUUCCAAGGUCUUUAGAAGCUCUCUUACUUCUCAAGUAUCUAAAUUUGUCUUUCAAUAGGUUCGAAGGAGAAAUUCCAAUUGGUGGACCGUUCCAAAACUUCUCCGCUCAAUCAUUUGUCUCAAACAGGGCACUUUGUGGUGCACCCCGACUCCAUGUUCCACAAUGCAAAAAUGGUACACUUGAACCAAAUUGGAGGAAAGCUAAAUACAUCAUCCCAGGGAUCAUAUCAGUUAUUCUCCUAGUGGCCUCCGUAUUUAUCUCUGUACUACGCAGGAAAAGGAAUGUGGAAGUUGCAAGAGAGGCUAACUCGUUGCCUCAACUUCUUUGGAGAAGAAUUUCACACCUAGAACUUCUAAGGGCAACAAAUGGACUUCACGGAAACAACUUACUUGGAAGUGGGGGUUUUGGCUCAGUAUAUAAAGGGACGCUUUCAGAUGGAACAGAUGUUGCAGUAAAGGUUUUCAGUUUACAACUAGAAGGGGCUUUCAAGAGUUUUGAUAUCGAAUGUGAAAUACUAAGCAAUAUUCGCCAUCGAAACCUUAUCAAAAUCAUCAGCUGUUGCAGUGAAAUUGAUUUCAAAGCCCUGGUAUUGAAUUACAUGCCAAAUGGGAGUCUCGAGAAGUGGCUGUAUUCUCAAAACUAUUCUUUGAAUAUCUUACAGAGGAUGAACAUAAUGAUAGACGUUGCGUCUGCAUUGGAAUACCUACACCAUGGUUAUUCAGUACCUAUUGUCCAUUGUGAUAUGAAGCCCAGCAAUAUACUACUAGAUGAUGAUAUGGUUGCAUAUGUUGCCGAUUUUGGCAUUGCAAAACUCCUGGGUGUAGGAGAUUCUAUAACGCAGACCAUGACUCUAGCCACAAUUGGGUACAUGGCUCCAGAGUAUGGAAUGGAUGGAAUAGUUUCAACAAGAGGGGAUGUAUACAGUUUUGGUGUUGUCCUGAUGGAAACAUUCACAAGAAGGAAGCCAACAGAUGAGAUGUUUGUUGGGAAAAUGAGUUUAAAGCAAUGGAUUGCAAAUUCACUAUUACCAGAUGCAACAAUAGAUGAAGUUGUGGAUGCCAAUUUACUCAGGAAGACACAACAGGAGAAUCAUGAUGUUGAGACCAGGAGGGAUUGCUUAUCAUCCAUCAUUAGAUUAGCUCUCACUUGUUCUGCAGACUCUCCGGCACAGAGGAUUAAUAUGCAAGAAGCUGUAGCCACACUCAAUAAAAUCAAGAAUAAGCUUUUGAAGGACAAUCCUUUUCUUCAUGACGAAGAAGGUCAACUUGUGGUUUCUUUUCAUCAAGAUUAAUAUGUUGUCCUUCAUGAUUAAGAAGAUCAACUUGUGAUUUUCUUUUCAUUGUAUAUGCUAAAAUCACAUAUAUAACAUUGCAGAGU